UUAGCAUCAUCAAGAACAAGCAAGGCCGCAACCAACAACGCUUCCAAAACGAUACAUCGUGUUGAUCCCAGUCAGUCAUCCUCCUCCAACACUGCGACCGAUUAAAAAAGGAUCCACCCCAACACUGGCAAGAAUUAGUGGCUCGCCUCUGAAAAACAGGGUAACGUCUCAGUAUGGGCGAGCGACCGAGCUCAGGACAGCCCGAAGAAGGCACCGAACCGUAUAGACCUGCGCGUCAAAGUAAGUGGCGCCGUCUGCUGUACUACCUCGCCGUCGCUGCGGUUCUCGUGUACUGCGCAGUACUCCUCGUGGCCAGAAUCAGCACACGUGAAAAGAACGUAGCCAUGGCCAGAAGAGAAACUACAACAACCAUGGUUUCAACGGCUGCUCCUGCACUCACAGACUCAGCGGCAAAUGUUUCCACGAGAACAUUAACAAGGGGGCGAAAAAAAUUGAAGCCCGAUGCACUGCAUUCAAGCACCACUGCAAAUUCAAGUGCCUACAUGCGAAAGUAAUUAAAGGGAUCUAAUGAUUAUGAUAGGUUAUAAAGCGACUCGAAAACAUUUUACAAUGGUAGUAACACUCUGAAACUAACUCGCGAUUACGUAGGUCUGGCUAAAAACAAAAAUUGAUAAAGCAACAUAAGUUCUCUAAAUUUAUCGCAUAACGUAAACACAUCGCAAAUCAGCGAGUCAGCUUAGUGUGAUGUAAUGUAAACAAAUCGCGAUACGCGCCGAGACC